GCUGAUUUGCAUAAGGUAUAUUGCCUAAUGGAGGCCGGCAUGGCUUGGUAGAGGGCGGCCGGGGCGGAGCGGAGCGCGGAGGAGCGGCAGGUGCCGGGGGCAGCCGGGCCGGGCCGGGCCGGGCCGGGCCGGGCCGGGCCGAACGCGGGGAGAGCGCGGCGGGCGCCCGGGACCAUGGUGUCCCAGCUGAGCGCCCUGCAGCGGGAGCUCCUGGGCGCCCUGCUCAGCUCCGGGGCCACCAAGGAGGGGCUGAUCCGAGCCCUGGAGGACAUGGUGCCCGCCGCCGGCUUCGGCGUCAAGCUGGAGAGCCUGCCGCUGUCCCCCGGCGGGCCGCCCGACGGCAAAGCCGCCUACCCGCCGCUCGCCAACGGGCACGGCAAGGGCAAGCUGUCCGGCGACGAGGGCUCGGAGGACGGCGACGACUUCGACACGCCGCAGAUCCUCCGCGAGCUGCAGGCGCUCAACACCGAGGAGGCCGUGGAGCAGCGGGCGGAGGUGGACAGGAUGAUCAGCGAGGACCCGUGGCGGGCGGCGAAGAUGAUCAAGGGCUACAUGCAGCAGCACAACAUCCCGCAGCGGGAGGUGGUGGACGUCACCGGCCUCAACCAGUCGCACCUCUCGCAGCACCUCAACAAGGGCACCCCCAUGAAGACGCAGAAGAGGGCCGCCCUCUACACGUGGUACGUCCGCAAGCAGCGGGAGAUCCUGCGGCAGUUCAACCAGACAGUCCAGGGUUGUGGAAAUAGGACAGACAAAAGCAGUCAGGAUCAGCUGCUGUUUCUCUUUCCAGAGUUCAAUCAGCAGAACCAGGGGGCUGGCCAGCUCGACGACGCCUGCUCCGAAACCCCCAGCAAGAAGAUGCGCCGCAAUCGCUUCAAGUGGGGGCCGGCCUCCCAGCAAAUCUUGUACCAAGCCUACGACCGCCAAAAGAACCCCAGCAAGGAGGAGCGAGAGGCGCUGGUGGAGGAGUGCAACAGGGCCGAGUGUCUGCAGCGAGGGGUGUCUCCCUCCAAGGCGCACGGGCUCGGCUCCAACCUGGUGACGGAGGUGCGCGUCUACAACUGGUUCGCCAACCGGCGGAAGGAGGAGGCUUUCCGCCAGAAGCUGGCCAUGGAUGCCUACAGCUCGGGCCAGCCCCCGCACAGCAUGAACCUGCUGCUGUCCCAUGGCUCCCCCCACCACAACCAGCCCAGCGCCUCGCCCCCCAGCAAGAUGCCAGGGGUCCGGUACAGCCAGGCGGCGAGCGGCGAGGCGGCGUCCUCCGGGGCCAUCAGCCACCACGGCAGCGGUGCCAUGGUCACCACCAGCCAGGCGGUCCUGCAGCAGGUCUCCCCAGCCGGCUUGGACCCAGGCCACGGUUUGCUCUCUCCCGACGGUAAAAUGAUCUCCGUGUCGGGCGGCGGGCUGCCCCCGGUGAGCACCCUGACCAACAUCCACAGCCUGUCCCACCACAACGCGCAGCAGUCCCAGAACCUCAUCAUGACGCCGCUCUCGGGAGUCAUGGCCAUCGCACAGAGUAAGCGUGCGCCCGGGACCCCUCCGGACCCCUCCUGCGGCACGCUGGGGACCCCGGCGCUGACUGUCCCCGCUCUCUCCUUUCCCCCAGGUCUGAACACCUCGCAGGCACAGAGCGUCCCGGUCAUCAACAGCGUGGCCGGCAGCUUGGCGGCCCUGCAGCCGGUCCAGUUCUCCCAGCAGCUGCACAGCCCGCACCAGCAGCCGCUCAUGCAGCAGUCGCCCAGCCACAUGGCCCAGCAGCCCUUCAUGGCCACCGUCACCCAGCUGCCCAACUCGCACAUGUAUGCACACAAGCAGGAGCCUCCCCAGUAUUCCCACACCUCCCGCUUCCCCUCGGCGAUGGUGGUGACGGACACCAGCAGCAUCAGCACGCUCACCAACAUGUCUUCCAGUAAGCAGUGUCCCCUGCAAGCCUGGUGAUGCUCCACACCUCGCUGCCUUUGCACAUAGCAACGGGAACUUUAUUUUCCACAACAUCCCGCGGGCGACCCGCGCGCCGAGCCGCAGCGAAGCCCAGCGCCGCAGUGAGGAGCCCACUUCCCCGACACGCAGCCGGAGGCUCAGCACCCCGCCGGGACCGGCCCGAGCCCGAACCGCGGGCGCCUGCCCAGGGACCGCGCCUCUCCUCCCCUCCGCGCAGUAUUUCCGAGAUGUGUCUUGAGGAUUUUUUUUUUUUUUUCUUAAGUAUUUGCCUUCCAAGAGGCCGCUGGCUCUCCCGAGGAAAUAGGAACGAGCUGUCCUGAGAGGUGGCAGCAGGGGAAGACGGAUCGUAUUUAAGUUACACUCCUCUGCCCGACGGACUGAGAGGGACUUGGGUCUGUUACUUGGCGCUCGGAAGGAGGAAUCGCAUGAGCUGUUGAACUGAGCCAGUUAAACUGUAAAUAUAGGUACAGUCUGCUCCAUCCUCACCUGUCCCCACUCCUAUACAUAAAGAUUUAUAUAAAAGAAGUAAAUUUUGUCCAAUGGAUGUAAACUACUGUAAUUAAGUGCAAUUCCCCUGUCUGUAUAUAUUGUUCCUGAACCUCCUCUCUCUCCCCCCCCCCUUUUUUUUUUUGGUAAAGGUCAGAGCUGAGUAUUCUGUUGGUUUUGUAUUUCCCUUCUUCCUUUAAAUGAGCCAGCCCACGAGGAAAGCCCUGUGCCUAUGUGGGGACACCGGUCCAGCAGCAC